AUGUCUCAAGUCGGUUUGACUCAAAAUGACCCUUCCGUGGGCAAGCUGGAGGAAACACCCGUAUCGUGGUACGUCAAAGAACUGACAGACCUGAGGCCCGAAGCAAGGGAAUUGUUUGAGAAGUACAGCAACGUCGAGCCAAACGAAGUGGUCUCGCAUAUUCAGCAGUUUAGGGACGAAGCUUUCGCGAUAUUCCCGUAUCCUUGUCUUGGCCGCUGGGGCUUUCUCGACCUCAGCAUUUCGCAGUCGCCUAGCUAUAGCGAGGUCCUCGAUCGCGUCAAAAAAGGGGAGCUACUGCUCGAUAUCGGCUGUUGUGUUGGACAGGAUCUCCGCAAACUCAUACAUGAUGGCGCUCCUUCCGGAAACACCUAUGGCUCCGAUUUGAAGAGUUCUUUCUGGAAUAUCGGCUAUGAUUUGUUCCUCGACAAAGCAUCUCUCAAGACAAAGUUCAUCGAAGCCGACAUUUUCGACGCCAACUCGGGAUUGCAACAGCUUGACAGCCGGGUGGACAUCGUACACGCCGCCUCGUUCUUUCAUCUGUUUGACUGGGAUCAACAGGUCCAGGCAGCGAAGAGAACCGUGCAGCUAUUGAGGCCAGUAUCAGGUAGUCUAAUCAUCGGCCGGCAGGCUGGGACGAUUCAGAGUCGUGAUUUCGAAGGAACCAGGCUUCCUGGGAACAAGAGAUACAGCCAUAAUCCUGAGUCGCUCGCGAGAAUGUGGAAGCAAGUGGGUGAUGAGACUGGGACAGAAUGGACUGUGGAUGCUACCUUUGGAGACCAGAACCCACUGGAGAGAAUGGGGGGUAGCACCGAUCCAAGCACUUCGGACGUUCGGUGGUUGUAUUUCGCCAUCCGUAGAGUUUAG